ACACACACACACACACACUCCGGUCUACGCAUUCAUCGGGGUGAAUUUUGGAGGAUUUUAGGGAAACAACAACGGAGCAGAAACAGAGAGGAGUGUUAGUGAGCCGCUCCAGCAGGGCUGCUUCCACUCAGCCUUCCUGCACUUUAUCCUCAGACUGUCCACGCGGGGACCGAGCAUUUCCACGCGCUGGCAUUUCACCGAGCGGAGCGCAGAGAGCCGGGAGGGAUUUUACAAUAGAAACUCAAUUCCUCUGCGGAGAAGAAUAGCAGAGGAGGAGGAGGAGUGACAGAUAAGCCUGGAAUGAGGAGGACCUCCAGAUUCCUGGCGUGCUGCGGGGUGACUGAUGGAUGAAUGUGGGCAUCUGUAGGCUAAAAACGGGCGGCAGGUAGAGAGCAGCGGGGAGCUUUAGUCUCCAUUGGCUGCAGGGUUUCUCUCUCUUUUUUUUUUUUACUCUUUGCCCCCCAGGGUUAAAGAAAACCCCCCAAACAGGAGCGGUUCUCAGCCACAGGUCAUACCGGACACUCGCUGGGGGGGUUGGGGGUGAUUUUCCUCCAGAUCAGCCAAGGACAAACAGACAGAAGGAGGCUGAAGGAUCCGGACAGGAGGACAUGUAUCUGACAGCGACCCUUCAGGCUCCAGACUGAUCCCAGCUCAGCUUCCUGCGGCCAGAGGCGCACAGAAAGGCGCGACGCUGCGCUCCGGUUCCCGGCUGCUCCCUCAAUCUAUCCGCUCAGCAUGGCGGGGCUCGGAUGCUGCUGCUGCUGGAACUAUUACCUCUGGAUCUUUAUUCUCAUGUGCAGGUCUGCGCUGCCCUCUGCUAAGACUCUGGAGACAAUCAUCUGGAGCUCAACCAAUCAAAAGUUUCUUCCUGGAAAAGGUCUGGUAAUCUACCCAGACAUCGGGGACAAGCUGGACAUCAUCUGUCCCAAAGCGGACCAGGGACGAGAUUACGAGUUCUACAAGCUGUAUCUGGUGAAGAGAGAGCAGGCGGAGAGCUGCAGCACUGUGCUGGACCCCAACGUGCUGGUGAACUGCAACAAGCCUGAGAAGGACAUCAAGUUCACCAUCAAGUUCCAGGAGUUCAGCCCCAACUACAUGGGCCUGGAGUUCAAGAGGAAUGUCAACUAUUACAUCACCUCUACCUCCAACGGCACGGUCGAGGGUCUGGAGAACCGCGAGGGAGGCGUGUGCAAGAGCCGAGCCAUGAAAGUCAUCAUGAAAGUCGGGCAAGUCCCGAAUGCAGCGAACCCGGAGGGGCCGGAAACCCCAGAGGAGAACGCCAUACCGGAGUCCAGCAGUUCCGGUCCACCCGACCCGAGUAAGACUGGGCCUGUGAUGCCAGGAAUCCCUGGCCCUAAGAUUCAGGACGACCCGGGUUCCUCUUCCAGUUCCGAGGGCUUCUUCAGCUCCAAGGUCGCCGUGUUCUCCGCCAUAGCGAUAGGCUGCAUCGUCUUCCUCGUGCUCAUCCUGCUCGUCGUCAUCCUCCUCAUCAAGGUGCGCAAGCGCUCCAGGAAAAAUGCCCACUCGCAGGCCCGCCCCUCGGCUUUGUCACUCAGCACGCUGUCUAACCCCAAGCUGCCCGGCGGCACGGCCGGCACGGAGCCCAGUGACAUCAUCAUCCCCCUGCGGACAGAGAACAACUACUGCCCCCACUACGAGAAGGUGAGCGGGGACUACGGUCACCCGGUCUACAUCGUCCAGGAGAUGCCUCCGCAGAGCCCGGCCAACAUCUACUACAAGGUCUGACGUGCUUCGCGGAGCAGCAGCAACGGCCAGCAGAGAGAAAAAAAGAGGAGCGCUUGAUUUACGUUCUUGGGAAGAACUUUUUCCUUCGCAUUCGGGGACUUGAAGCCCCCGGUUAUUUGUACCACCUGCUGCACAAAUCUGGAGAAACAUGUACUGACCCGUCACCAGCGGGGUUAGGGAGCUGACUGAUGAGACCCCCCCCACACACACAGCCUUCCUUUCACCCCCGACCGCUGACCCUCUCAAAAGGCUCCCCUCCCACCCUGUACGUCCCCCCCCCACUGCCAGAGAGGCGGGAGCGGAGCGUCCGACCAACAGAUGGAACUCUCUCUGUUAACGGACGGAAUAGAACUUAUCUCAUCUCCCUGAAGUACAGUCUGCGCUACACCCAAUUAAACACCAUCCCAGCACACACCAGCCGGAAACAGGCGGGGGGCACGGGGGGGGCGGGGGGGUUUGGUGCAGAGAGCCAUUUGGUCUGCAGCUUGUGUCCAAACAAGAACGGAAAAUAAAGACAGAAGUGGGUGUAUGUGUGUGCAGAUCUGUGCAUGUGACGGCGGUGGGGGGGGGGCCGCCGUUUCUGGGCCAUGGAAAACUCUCCAGAUAGCUCAGGUAUCUUACACAGUGUGUGGAAUAAUGUGCUCCUCUCCCUGACGCACCUCUGAUGUUUGCCUUACUUACUAUUUUUGAUGGAGGAUUUCCUUGAACCCUGAUUAAGUUCACAAAGCAGUUGUAUUUUGUUAGACUUUUCCUACGAGUGCACAAUGUAUAGAAACUAAACCCGUCAUCGUCUCGCCGUCAUCUCCUCUCCGCAUGCAUCAUCUUAUCGUUUUUACUUUCUAAGGAGGGACUUUAACCUGGACUCCAGCUCUGGAGGCGUGUCGGUGGAUCCCUCCAGCGCUGCUCUGAUGUCACUGUGUAUUUCAGGGUGUGCCCUCAGUCAGGGCGCUGGGACAUGUCCGGACCAGUUCUUCUAUGAGGGGAGACUUUAUUGGAUUUGAUGUCUAGAUACUGUAGCCUCAGCUUAAAAAAAAAAAACAGACACAGAGCGCUCCAGUUGGCACCGAUCGGACAUCUUAGCGGCUUCCAGACAGGCAGGCAGGUUGGUGUUUGUUUGCUGUUUCUUUUGGUUGAAGCAACAAAAAAAAAUGUUAGUUUGGGGCGUCGGUCGGAUGGUUCUCCCUGAUUGGCUGGCCUACUUAGGUAUGAUGUCCUACAUAUAGGUUUGGACGGCCGCCGUCUGUAGAUGAGGCGGUGGAGGCGGUCAGCUUCGUGUGACUAAUCUGUGCCAUCUUAGAGCCCACGGUCAGCAGCCAGAAAACGUUCCUGUGACUUAAACCUGGAAGGAUAAGGGAGGUGGGAGCGUGUUUGGGGGGGGGUUGUUUAGGUGGUUUCUGCAGCUCUCCAUCCUGUCUCACCAGCUGUGCAGUGAAUAAAAACGCUGCGUAGAAAUAUUCAGCGAGGAAGCUGCAGGCCAGCUAUCAGACAGCCCGGGGCGACGGCAUCAAGGCGGGAUUUCACCGCAGCUGCAUGUGUGAGGAUGGGGGUGGGGGAAGGGGGUGUUUUUAUGUGUUCACAUAGGUGCUUGCUUGUGCUUAUAUUUGCAGUUUCCACUCAGUUGAUGCUUGCAGGUGUGUCUGGCGCUGCUAUGACAGACUGGAAACCUUCUCUAACUGAGCAACCGAGUGCUAAAUCCUGAGCUAAUGAUACGGCAAGCCAUUGGUGCCAAAUAUAGGUGACUUCACAAUCCAUUUAGAAAAGAAAUAAGGUUUAAAAAAUCACUAUAAUAAAAA